GGGAGGAAUAAAUUUCUCUUCUUUUAUUAAUUAAAAAAGUUAAAAUUGGUGAUUAGAAAAUUGAUUACAUCAACGACAACCACAUCAUCUCCGAUUCUCCUACAGGAUUAAGAAUUUUCCUUGAAUUAUUAACAACUCAAUUCCACCUAAUUAACAAACCCUCAUAUCCCUCAAAACCCACACAUCCUCUCCCUCUCCCUCACAUCAAAUGGCUAUGGCCACUAUUGCUCGGCGAAGAGCCACCACUCUCUUCUCAUCGUCCUCCAACCAUCUCUCCACCCGCACGCGGAUUCUCGCCAGGGGAUUCGCUUCCGGAUCCGAUAACAACGACGUCGUCGUCAUAGGCGGCGGUCCCGGUGGUUACGUCGCCGCCAUCAAAGCCGCGCAGCUCGGCCUCAAGACUACGUGCAUCGAGAAGCGCGGUACCCUCGGCGGCACCUGCCUCAACGUUGGUUGCAUCCCUUCCAAGGCAUUGCUUCAUUCAUCGCAUAUGUAUCAUGAAGCGAAGCAUACAUUUGCCAAUCAUGGUGUAAAGCUUGCGUCGGUUGAGGUUGAUCUACCAGCCAUGAUGGGUCAAAAAGAUAAAGCUGUGGGUAACUUGACUAAAGGUAUUGAGGGUCUAUUCAAGAAGAACAAAGUAAACUAUGUCAAGGGGUAUGGCAAGUUCCUUUCUCCUUCUGAAGUUUCAGUUGAUACUUUGGAAGGAGGUAGCACAAUUGUGAAAGGGAAGAAUAUCAUUAUUGCUACUGGAUCUGAUGUAAAAAGUCUGCCGGGUAUAACCAUUGAUGAAGAAAGAAUAGUGUCAUCUACUGGGGCUUUAGCGUUGAAAGAGGUUCCAAAGAGACUAGUUGUUAUAGGUGCUGGCUAUAUUGGUCUUGAGAUGGGUUCUGUCUGGGGCAGGCUAGGGUCAGAAGUUACUGUUGUUGAGUUUGGCCCAGACAUUGUUCCAACCAUGGAUGGGGAAGUCCGGAAACAAUUUCAACGUUCCCUCGAGAAGCAGAAGAUGAAAUUCAUUCUUAAAACUAAGGUUGUGUCUGUCGACACCACGGGGAAUGGCGUGAAGCUGACCCUUGAACCAGCAGCUGGCGGUGACCAGACCAGUCUUGAGGCUGAUGUUGUUCUUGUUUCUGCCGGUAGAGUUCCAUUUACUGCUGGACUUGAAUUGGAUAAGAUAGGAGUUCAAACUGACAAAGCUGGUCGGAUCUUGGUAAAUGAACGGUUUGCCACAAAUGUACCCGGCGUAUAUGCCAUUGGUGAUGUUAUUCCCGGACCAAUGUUGGCUCACAAGGCUGAGGAGGAUGGUGUUGCAUGCGUUGAAUAUAUUGCUGGCAAGGAAGGCCAUGUGGACUAUGAUUUGGUUCCUGGGGUUGUUUACACACACCCUGAGGUGGCAUCUGUAGGCAAAACUGAGGAGCAGGUGAAAACACUUGGAGUUGAUUAUCGUGUGGGUAAGUUCCCUUUCUUGGCAAACAGCAGGGCAAAGGCAAUUGAUGAUGCUGAGGGGGUGGUGAAGAUACUAGCUGAGAAGGAGACCGACAAGAUUUUGGGUGUCCACAUAAUGGCACCAAAUGCAGGAGAGCUCAUCCAUGAGGCUGUUUUGGCUCUGCAAUAUGGAGCAUCAAGUGAGGACAUUGCUCGCACAUGCCAUGCUCAUCCAACUAUGAGUGAGGCAGUGAAGGAGGCUGCCAUGGCUACAUAUGACAAGCCCAUUCACAUUUAGGAAAUACCUUAUGUUAUUUAAUGAGUUGGGAUUAGUUUUUGACCAAAACCUAGCAUAGUUUUUGCAUCAAUUCCUGCCUUGCUCAAAAUGAUCGAGUGGUUGAACAAAGAUCUCCCUUCUUUUCUUCCCAUUCCAUUUGGGAAAAUAUUGCUGUACUUGAAUGAAAUGCUCUUCUCAUGAUAAUGUGAGUAAUAAGAAAUUAGGUUGAUACCAAAA